AUGGUGAGCCUUUUCCAAAUUCACAAAAGGUUCAUGUACUGGCCUCCAAAAAAUAAAAUAAAAACCAUAAAGUUCCCCUCAGGAAAGAAGAGCUUCAUUUUUAUCGGCAAAAGGGAUGAAGAUGGGAAGGACGAGCCGCUUCUCUGUUUUGUCGACAACCAAAAUCAUAAGCUGACUUGGAUGAACGAAGAGGAAGUUCUGAAUUUGGAAAAGCUGAUGCCGCGACUAGACAGCUACUUCUCCCUUUACUUGGAAAAAGCCCAAAAGGUGAAAGAGCAGAAUGCAUCCCUUAAUGAAGAAAUGAACAGAUCCUUACAUGAUUAA